AUGGUCGUAGAGGACUCCUCUAAUGCCGGCUUAGGUAUCGGCCUAACAUUCGUUGCUGGGGCGGCUACUAUGUUGGGUGGCGUCAUAUCCAUGAUAAUCGAUCCCCACAACCAGAGGUUUAUGGCAGGAGCUCUCGCCACCGCUGCUGGGGUUAUGAUCUUCGUCAGCUUCACAGAGAUCUUCCCUCAGGCUGUUGACCUAUUCCAGGAAGGCGACACCUUCGAUGAGGACCAUGCCUUCAUGAUGGCUAAUCUAGUGUACUUUCUCGCGACGCUCCUCUGCAUGGCAGCGGACUGGGGUAGUCGGAAGUGGCACUCGUGGAGUCGCCAUAGGCGGACGACCAAAGAGGCUACAGCUGCUGAGUCGACGCCUGAGGACUUGGAAAACGAAGAGGACCCGCAUGGUGUAGCCCCAGCGGCUAUCGCCUUGCAGGAGCUCACUGAUGGUCUUUUUGAGCCUCACAACGGUCCCGUUAUUAAAGUUGAGCUCAGUGGUCUUUCACAGAAUGAACCACGACGAGUGCCAGAGUUUUCUGAGAUGUCAACCAACUCCAACUUAGCUGAUGUAGAAGCGACCCACGAAGAGGCCGUUCAUCACAGGCUGGAGCUCCUCAAAGUUGCCUUGUUCACUGCUGGAGCAAUUUGCCUGCAUAACUUCCCCGAGGGAAUCCUUACGUUCAUCGGCACUGUCCAGGACCCCUCAGUGGGUGUAUCGUUGGCGGUCGCUAUAGCGGUUCAUAACAUUCCAGAAGGCAUAGCAGUGGCGUCGCCAAUUCUCCGGGCAACUGGUAGCAAGAAACAAGCUCUGCUUUGGUGCUCCAUAUCGGCUAUUGCAGAGCCCCUAGGAGGUAUUUUGGCGUGGUUGGUAAGAAGUGAGGAGUUCUCUGAUGAUACGUAUGCGGUUAUGUAUGCCUGUUCCGCUGGAGUGAUGGUUUAUAUUGCGGCGGCUAAGCUGUUCGUUACAGCAUGCCAUUUGGAUCGUCACUGGUGUCCCGGUGGAUUCAUUUUGGGCACUGCUGUAAUGGCGAUCGCAUUGGUCCUAUGUAGACUCUAA